GGGCCGCGCCGGGCCGAUUGAGCCGCGCCGGGCCGGGCUGUGCCGGGCUGUGCCGGGUGCUCCGCGCCGGCAGCCGCGGCCAUGAGCUACGAGCAGCGCCGGGGCUGGGGCCGCGGGCGCGGCCGGGGCCGGGGCGGCGAUGGCGGCUCUGCCUCCGCCGCCACCUCCGCGGCGGGCGGGCCCGGCGGGCGGGGACGGCACCCCGGGCACCUGAAGGGCCGCGACAUCGGGCUGUGGUACGCCCGCAAGCAGGGCCAGAAGAACCGGGACGCGGACCGGCAGCAGAGAGCCGUGGUGCGCAUGGACGAGCGCAGGGAAGAGCAGAUCGUGCAGCUGCUGAACGCUGUCCAGACUAGAAACGACAAAGAGCAAGAAGCCAUGUCCUGGUGGUCCGGGGAUGAAGAAGGCUCUGCUCCACAACAGCCUCCCAAAGCAAAACCAGAUGCUGAAAAAGCUCCUGUAAGACAGAUUCCAACCUGGGAAAAAACAUCCCUGGAUCUGGAUGUGGAAUAUCUCUGUGAAAAAACUGAGCAGGAUGCUGAUUUAGAUGAACAACUUAAAGAAGACUUAAUGAAGAAGAGAUCUGAUCCCAGAUAUAUUGAAAUGCAGAGAUUCCGAGAGAAGCUGCCCUCGUACAAGAUGAGAGAGGAGCUGGUGAGGCUGAUCAACAGCCACCGGGUGACGGUGAUCAGCGGCGAGACGGGCUGCGGCAAGACCACGCAGGUGACACAGUUCAUCCUGGACGAUCACAUCGAGCGCGGGCUGGGCUCCACCUGCAGGAUCGUGUGCACGCAGCCGCGCCGCAUCAGCGCCAUCUCGGUGGCUGAGAGGGUGGCUGCAGAGAGGGCAGAGGGCUGUGGCAAUGGCAGGAGCACGGGCUACCAGAUCCGCCUGCAGAGUCGGUUGCCAAGGAAACAAGGUUCAAUUCUGUACUGUACCACGGGAAUUGUCCUGCAGUGGCUCCAGUCAGAUAAGCACUUGUCCAGCAUCAGUCAUGUAGUUCUUGAUGAAAUCCAUGAAAGAAAUCUUCAAUCAGAUGUUCUAAUGAGCAUUGUUAAAGACCUUCUGAAUGUUCGACUGGAUCUGAAAGUCAUACUGAUGAGCGCUACUUUAAAUGCAGAGAAGUUUUCUGAGUACUUUGACCAUUGCCCCAUGAUUCACAUCCCUGGGUUCACUUUCCCAGUGGUGGAAUACCUGCUGGAAGAUGUCAUUGAGAAGUUGAGGUACACCCCGGAGAGGACAGACCGUCGGCUGCACUGGAGGAAGGGCUUCAUGCAGGGCCGUGUCAGCAGGCCAGAGAAGGAGGAGAAGGAGGAGAUCUACAGGGAGCAGUGGCCAGCCUACCUAAGGCAGCUGCAGGGCAGGUACUCAGCAAGUACCAUUGAUGCCCUGGAAAUGAUGGAUGAUGACAAGGUGGACCUGGACCUUGUGGCAGCACUGAUCAGACACAUUGUGCUGGAAGAGGAGGAUGGUGCAAUUCUGGUGUUUCUGCCAGGCUGGGAUAACAUCAGCACUUUGCAUGAGAUCUUGAUGUCUCAAGUCAUGUUUAAGUCAGAUAGGUUCAUCAUCAUACCUUUGCAUUCACUGAUGCCUACUGUUAACCAGACUCAGGUGUUCAAGAAGACCCCACCAGGAGUGAGGAAAAUUGUGAUUGCAACCAACAUUGCAGAGACCAGCAUCACAAUCGAUGACGUGGUGUUUGUGAUAGAUGGAGGGAAAAUCAAGGAGACUCACUUUGACACCCAGAACAACAUCAGCACCAUGGCAGCUGAGUGGGUCAGCAAAGCCAAUGCCAAGCAGAGGAAGGGUCGAGCAGGAAGAGUUCAGCCAGGCCACUGCUACCACCUGUACAACGGGCUGCGUGCCAGCCUUCUGGAUGAUUAUCAGUUACCUGAGAUCCUCAGGACACCCUUGGAAGAGCUCUGCUUACAAAUCAAGAUCCUGAAGCUUGGUGGAAUUGCCUAUUUUCUGAGCAAGCUGAUGGACCCCCCAUCUUGUGAUGCCGUGACAUUGGCCAUAAAUCACCUCAUGGAGCUGAAUGCUCUGGACAGGCAGGAGGAGCUGACUCCCCUGGGUGUGCACCUGGCUCGGCUGCCUGUGGAGCCACACAUUGGGAAGAUGAUCCUGUUUGGAGCUUUGUUCUGCUGCCUGGACCCUGUGCUGACCAUUGCAGCCAGCCUCAGCUUCAAGGACCCUUUUGUCAUCCCUCUGGGCAAAGAGAAAAUCGCAGAUGCAAGAAGAAAGGAGCUGUCAAAGAACUCAAAAAGUGACCAUCUGACUGUGGUGAAUGCUUUCACUGGCUGGGAGGAGGCUCGGAGUUGUGGUUUCAGGAAUGAGAAGGACUAUUGCUGGGAAUAUUUCCUGUCCUCAAAUACCCUGCAGAUGCUGCAUAACAUGAAAGGGCAGUUUGCUGAGCAUCUCCUUGCAGCUGGAUUUGUGAACAGCAGAAACCCCAAGGAUCCCAAAUCCAACACCAACUCAGGUAAUGAGAAGCUGCUCAAAGCAGUCAUCUGUGCUGGCCUCUAUCCCAAAGUGGCAAAGAUCCGGCCCAGCUUCAGCAAGAAGAGGAAAAUGGUGAAGGUUUGCACCAAGACAGAUGGGUCAGUUAAUAUCCAUCCCAAAUCAGUGAAUGUGGAGGAAACAGAGUUCCAUUAUAACUGGCUUGUGUACCAUUUGAAGAUGAGGACCAGCAGUAUUUACCUGUAUGAUUGUACAGAGGUGUCUCCAUACUGCCUCCUGUUCUUUGGAGGGGAUAUAUCCAUUCAGAAGGACAAGGACCAGGACACCAUCGCUGUGGAUGAGUGGAUUGUUUUCCAGUCUCCAGAAAAAAUAGCAAACUUGGUCAAGAAACUGAGGCAGGAGCUGGACGACCUGCUGCAGGAGAAGAUCGAGAGGCCGCGGCCGGUGGACUGGGCGGCGGUGAGGAGCCGGGACACGGCGCUGCUGAGCGCCAUCAUCGACCUCAUCACCACGCAGGAGAACGCGGCCGCGCGCAGCUUCGCGCCGCGCUUCCAGGGGGAGCGCUGCAGCUGAGAGAGGGACAGGGCUGCUGCAGCUGAGGGACAGCACAGCCAGGGCUCUUACAGCUCUGUGCCUGGGGAGCAACUCUGGGGGAGCUGGGGGAGCUGGGGCUCCCCAGGCACUGCAGCUGAGAGAGAGCCCUGCACAGCUGCUGCAGCUUCGCACCGCGCUUCCAGGGGGAGCGCUGCAGCUGAGAGAGGGACAGGGCUGCUGCAGCUGAGACAGCCUCUUACAGCUCUGUGCCUGGGGAGCUGGGGGAGCUGGGGCUCCCCAGGCACUGCAGCUGAGAGAGAGCCCUGCACACUGCUGCAGCUUCGCACCGCGCUUCCAGGGGGAGCGCUGCAGCUGAGACAGGGACAGGGCUGCUGCAGCUGAGAGAUAGCACAGCCAGGGCUCUUACAGCUCUGUGCCUGGGGAGCAACUGUGGGGGAGCUGGGGAAGCUGGGGCUCCCCAGGCACUGCAGCUGAGAGGGAGCCCUGCACAGCUGCUGCAGCUUCACGCCGCGCUUCCAGGGGGAGCGCUGCAGCUGAGGGACAGGGCUGCUGCAGCUGAGGGACAGGGCUGCUGCAGCUGAGGGACAGGGCUGCUGCAGCUGAGACAGCCUCUUACAGCUCUGUGCCUGGGGAGCUGGGGCAGCUGGGGCUCCCCAGGCACUGCAGCUGAGAGCAGAGCCAGGGCCUCUUACAGCUCUGUGCCUGGGGAGCAGCUGUGGGGUGAGCUGGGGCUCCUCAGGCACUGCCAGAGCUCAGCUCUGUGCCUGGGGAACAACCUGUGCAGGCUGAGCUGGGGCUGCUCAGGCACUGCAGCUGAGAGCACUGCCAGAGCUGCCACAGCUCUGCACCCAGAGAACAACCUGUGGGGUGAGCUGGGGCUGCUCAGGCACUGCAGCUGCUGGCAGUGUGUGUUUGCAUCUCUUCUGUGCUGUGGGAGGGACAGAAAGGCACCUGUUGGAUAGUGGGAGGUUCUUAUCCUGCUGUAGCUGUUUUCUUUGGGUUUUUUACCCAUCAGGUAACAGAUAUUUUAAAAACUUGCUGAAAUACUGCUUAGUAAUACCUAAACUGUUUGGUUUUUUUUUUAAUGAGGUGUGGUGAGUAAUUAUACUUGCUGUGUUAUUCCAGCUGUGCAGCAGUCUGCUCACCAACACUUCCACAGAAGAUAAUUACAGCUUAAUUAAACUAAACUUGAAAACACUCGUUGAAUUUGUACAGUGGGAGGAAACAAUCUUCAGCAAUUCUUCUCCAUUUGUGCAUUUCAUCCCAUUCAAUUAAUCCUCCUUUGUUUUCUGUCCCCAUCCAUCAUCACUACUGACUGAAAGUGCAGAUUUACAGAAAGCAUGGUUAGAUAAAAGUCCUGUUGGGUUGUAUGUUAAGGUUUCAUUGCAUUCAAGGGGUUUUUUUUUGUUUGUUUUUUAUAAAGAAGUUCAUGUAUGGGUUAUAGUAUUCCAUUAAGAGUCUUUUUUUGCAAGUCUUAUUUCAACUGUUCUCAAUGUUUUGAAUGUUGUUCUGUUUUGAAUGAUCUCCAGCUAUGGAAGAUUAUUUGAAUAAUGAAGUUUAUUACAGAUUUUGAGGUUUAUCCUUGAGAAAAAAUGUAUGGAAAUACAACUUUUCUCCCUUCUUCCA